GGAAAAUCUUUAACAUUGGCUGACUGACUCAAAAGCUCGAGACCAGUUUGUGAUUCGUGCUGGCUAAGAUACUAAGGUGUUGUGGAAUGAUGCAAGACAUUUGAAGCCUGAUCCAGUUUAUAAGCGUGCAUUCUGGACUGAAAGUUUUGUGCAAUGGUCUCCAAUGGGUACAUACCUGGCAACCAUACAUAGGCAAGGAGCAGCAGUUUGGGGAGGUUCCACAACAUUCAAUCGUCUCAUGCGAUAUGCUCAUCCCCAAGUUAAACUUAUUGAUUUUUCACUUGGUGAGAAGUUUUUGGUAACCUAUAGUAGGCAUGAGCCAAGCAAUCCUCGAUAUGCAAAUAGGGUUGUGAUAAAUAUAUUCGAUGUGAGAACUGGAAAAGUCAUGAGAGAUUUUAAGGGAAAUGCUGAUGAUUUUGCUAUUGGAGGUAUUGGAGGUGUUGCAGGAGUGUCAUGGCCCAUUUUUAGAUGGGGUGGAGGAAAGGACAAGUACUUUGCAAGACUUGGAAAAAAUAUAAUCUCUGUGUACGAGACAGAUACAUUCUCUCUUGUUGACAAGAAAUCCUUAAAGGUUGAAAGUGUAAUGUAUUUUAGCUGGUCACCAACUGAUCCCAUCCUUGCACUUUUUGUUCCUGAAUUGGGUGGUGGGAACCGGCCAGCUAGAGUAAGUUCAUUUUCUGGUCACUUGCUGGUCGAUUCAUAA